AUGGAACAUCGUAAGGUGGGGGUGGAGGUCCAUUGUGCAGCCUCCCAGGAUGAGGACAUGGAGGAAGAGGUCUUUGCAAGGAAGCGGGCUGCUGCAUCAGAUUUGGAUGAUGUUCUGACACCUGCGCAGCAGCCUGAGAAGUCCUGGAUGGAGGGGUCUCGUUGUGGUGGCCAAGGCCGUGUGAAGAGAGAGUGGUGUCGAAUGUUUUUGGCUAAAUAUAGGGUGGAUGUGGUGUUUAUUCAAGAGCACAAUUUCAGGGAUGGUCGUGUGUUGGAGGUGGAAGGAUAUCAGGUGGUAGCACAGCCAUCAGCCCGUAUGAAAGGUGGAGUGGGUGUCUUGGUCCUGGAGGGAGGAAUUGAGUCAAGCAACUCUACUGUACCUCUGACCGCGUAUGUGAUGAUCGCAAUGCUUGAGGCUAAUGAUGAUUCAUGUAGCCCGUCUGUCAUUCAGGCUUCUCAGUGUCUACAUGCUGACACCACUCAGUACCCUUAUACCUUGGCGCUGAAGGCCUAUGCUUUCGCUCUGGCUGAGCUUCCGGAGGCCGAAACCGUUCUCCAACAGUUGCUGAAGCUGGCCAUUGUUGCUAAGAACUCCACCCACUGGGAGCUGCCUGAGGGUCCAGGAAAAUCUAAUGCAGUGGCAGUGGAGACAGCUGGUUACGCUAUCAUGGCUAUGAUGACACUGGACUCUGUCAAGUAUCGGGAUCAAGCAAGGAAGGUUGUUAAAUGGAUAACAACCCAAAGAAACGGACAAGGAGGAUUCUAUUCCACACAGGACACAGUGGUAGCACUGCAGGCUCUAGCACUGUAUGCUACGUACACUUACCAGGGACCUUUGUACGUUGUAGCAUCAGUGAAAGGUACUGGCUUCUCCCACAGCUUCAAUGUCACUGAAGACAACAGACUUCUACAACAGCUCGUAAAACUGCCAGUACUUCCUACCGCCGUCUCUGUCACACUGCAAGGACAAGGAUGUGCUGUUCUGCAGGCUGUUCUUCGAUACAAUAUUCCCGAGGCUGAAGCAAGUGAUGCCUUUGAUAUGACUGUCAACACCAUCACAGUCCCGGACAACAAGUGUGUUACUAAACGUAUCACUGCCUGUGCUUCCUAUAUACUCCCAGAUGGCAAGUCUAACAUGGUAGUUAUCGAAGUAGAUCUCAUUUCCGGUUACAUUCCCGAGAAAGAAGAUCUUAUGAAGCUUGUAAAGGAUGAUCUUAAUAUAAAGAGAUAUGAAGUUGAUGGUAGCAAGAUCACCUUCUACAUUGAAGAAUUAACUGCAAAGAACACCUGUGUAAACUUUCGUGUGAUAAGGGACAUUGAUGUGGAGAAUGUCAAGCCUGGGUCAGUCCGCAUCUAUGACUACUAUAAACCAGAAUUCCAGAUUUCUAAGGUGAGUAACUUGGUCCAUGAUAUCUUUAAGAUGCAGCCACAGCGUGCUGGGACCAUUCUCCUUGUGGCACAGAUCCUCACUCCAAAUUUGGUAGCUCAGUUCCUAUGGCAGAGAUCCUCUUUCCAGCUCCUUGUGGCAGAAAUCCUCAUUCCAGACUUGGCGGCUCAGCUACUCGUGGCAGAGAUCCUCACUCUUGAAAUGUGGCUCAGUUCCUCAUGGGAGAGAUCCUCACUCCAGACUUGGCUCAGCUCCUCAUGGCAGAGAUCCUCAUUCUAG